AUGAAAACUGCAGCAGAAGAAGCAAUUAGGAGCACAGCAUCUGAAAACACAUAUUACACAGAUGGCUCAGUUGAUCCAGAAGCUCUGGCGACAGCAGCAGCAUUGGCCGCCCAAGGCUUCAAAGGAAGCUGGAGGCUAUCCAACAAUGCCUCCAUACUACAAGCGGAACUAAUGGCAAUUUUAAAAGCCUUAGAAAAUUCCAAUCUGGAAGAAGGACACACAACAGUGCAUACUGACUCCAAAGGAGCAAUACUUGCAAUCAAGGCGACAAAUCCAAAGGAAAAUGUGACAAUGAUAACAGCCAUAAAAUCAGUAGCCAAGUCACAUCAAGCUGCUGGCAGGAGAGUCAUACUAAACUGGAUACCCAGCCAUGUGGGAAUCCAGGGAAAUGAAGCAGCUGACAUCCUAGCCAAAAGCGCCCUCAGCUGCAGUACAAUAAUCCAGUUACGAGCUGCUCCAGGAGCAAGAGCCCGUGCCAGCACAAAGCUGGCUUAA